CGGGGUGGAGUUGGUGGGAUGCGGACUUUCCACCAAACAACUCCGUCCUGAGUUUGUCUUCAAAUCUUCCCUCAGUUUGCUUCAGGCACGUGAAGAUCGAGCAGGAGCUGUCAGGGCUCCUCUGGGGAGAUGAGAAUCCUGAUCCUGUGCGCGGCCGCUCUGGCCGUGUGGCGUCCCGUGAGCUCGCAGCAGCAGCAGCCGGAGUUUCCAGAUGUUUGCACGGAGGGCAGCUGCUACCCGGCCACGGGCGACCUCCUGAUCGGCCGGGCUCACAAGCUGUCGGCGUCGUCCACCUGCGGCCUGACGCGUCCGCAGCGCUUCUGCAUCGUGGGACAUCUGGAGGAGGAGAAGAAGUGCUUCAUGUGCUCGUCCCAGACCAUGUACGACGAGGAGAGCAGCCCCUUCAGCCACACCAUCGAGAACGUGGUCACCACCUUCGCCCCCAACCGCCUCAAGACCUGGUGGCAGUCGGAGAACGGUGUGGAGAAUGUGACCAUCCAGCUGGACCUGGAGGCCGAGUUUCAUUUCACACAUCUCAUCAUGACCUUCAAGACGUUCCGCCCGGCGGCCAUGAUGAUCGAGCGCUCCAUGGACUUCGGGAAGACGUGGCAGGUUUACCGCUACUUUGCGUACAACUGCAACGCGUCGUUCCCCGGCGUGUCGGCCCGGCCCAUGGCCAAAGUGGACGACAUCAUCUGCGACUCGCACUACUCGGACAUCGAGCCGUCCACCGAGGGGGAGGUCAUCCUUCGGGUGUUGGAUCCGGCCUUUGAGAUCGAGGAUCCCUACAGCCUGCGGAUUCAGAACAUGCUGAAAAUCACGAACCUCCGAGUGAAGUUCCUGAAGCUUCACACUCUGGGCGACAACCUGCUGGACUCCCGCGACGAGGUGACGGAGAAGUACUACUACGCCCUCUUCGACAUGGUCGUCCGCGGCAACUGCUUCUGCUACGGACACGCCUCCGAGUGCGCCCCCAUCGACGGAGCGCCGCAGGGCGCCGAGGGCAUGGUCCACGGCCGCUGUGUGUGCAACCACAACACCGAGGGGCUGAACUGCGAGCGCUGUCAGGACUUCUACCAGGAUCUGCCCUGGAGACCUGCAGAGGGACGCAACGCCCACGCCUGCAAGAAGUGCGAGUGCAACCAGCACUCCUCGUCGUGCCACUUCGACCUGGCCGUGUACAUGACGACGGGCAACGUGAGCGGCGGCGUGUGCGACGACUGCCAGCACAACACGGUGGGCCAGCACUGCGAGCAGUGCGCGCCCUUCUUCUACCAGCACCCCAACAGAGACCUGCGGGACCCCAACGUGUGUGAACCCUGCAGCUGCGACCCGGCCGGCUCCCUGCAGGGCGGACUGUGCGACUCCCGGACCGACGUGGCGGCCGGGCUGAUCUCGGGUCAGUGCCGCUGCAAAGCCAACGUGGAGGGGGAGCGCUGCGACCACUGCAGACAGGGACACUUCGGACUGGGAGAAGGACCGGCGGGCUGCCUGCCUUGUACCUGCAACCCGCUGGGAACGCUGCCCGGAGGAAGGACCUGCGACUCCAACACAGGAAGCUGCUUCUGCAAGCGGCUGGUCCACGGACACAACUGUGACCAGUGUCUGCCGCAGCACUGGGGUCUGUCCAAUGACAUGGACGGCUGCAGGUCAUGUGACUGUGAUCAGGGCGGAGCCAUCCACAACAACUGCGACCCUCAGUCAGGACAGUGUAAGUGCAGAGAUCACAUGUUCGGACGCCGCUGCGACCGGGUGGAGCCCGGCUUCUACUUCAUCGCUCUGGAUCACUACACCUACGAGGCCGAGGAUGCCAAGCUGGCUCCUGGUGUGACGGUCGUACAGAGGCCUUACCCCAUGGGACGCAGCCCCACGUGGACAGGGACGGGCUUCGUUAACGUUCCGGAAGGCGCCUACCUGGAGUUCAACGUCAACAACGUCCCGGAGUCCAUGGACUACGACAUCCUGAUCCGCUACGAGCCACAGCUCCCUGAGCAGUGGGAACAGGUGAACAUCCGAGUACAGCGUCCCGUCUUCAACCCUCCGAACUACAGCAGCCACUGCAGCAACUCCAUCCAGAGUGGAGACGAGCAGUCCAUCUCCCUCCCACCUGGAUCCAGGCAUGUGCUGCUCGUCAGGCCGGUGUGUUUUGAGAAAGGGCUGAACUACACGAUCCGACUCACUCUGCCGUUGUACUCAUCGGCCAGCGACGUGCAAAGCCCGUACACACUCAUCGACUCUUUGGUGCUGAUGCCCCGGGUCAGGGAGCUGGACAUGUUUCAUGGGACGGACGGCGAGGGAGCCUGGGACACGUUCCAGCGCUACAGAUGUCUGGAGACCAGUCAGAGCGUGGUGAAAAGCCCCAUGACGGACAUCUGUAACGACUAUAUCUUCAGUGUUUCUGCGCUGCUGCACAAAGGAGCCAUGGCCUGUCAGUGUGACCCUCAGGGCUCGCUCAGCGCCGUGUGCGAGCCCAGCGGCGGUCAGUGCAAAUGUCGGCCCAACGUUGGAGGCAGGAACUGUGACCACUGCGCUCCGGCUACCUUCCUGUUCAGCCCCGCCGGCUGCAGACCCUGCAACUGUGACCCUCAAGGCUCGGUCACCCUCUUCUGCCACGAGGCCACCGGUCAGUGCGACUGCGUCCCGGGCGCGACGGGCCACCAGUGCUCCCACUGCCUGCCGGGCUUCUGGGGCUUUCCUCACUGCAGACCCUGCCAUUGCAACGGCCACAGCGAGUACUGCCACCCGCAGACGGGGGAGUGUCAGGGCUGCAGGGACUUCACCACCGGACACCACUGUGAGAGGUGUCUGGACGGGUAUCACGGAGAGCUCGAGCUGGGCUCCGGUGGACACUGUCGCCCGUGCAUGUGUCCCGACGGGCCGCGCAGCGGCCGUCAGUUUGCAGACAGCUGUUACAUCGUGGAAAACACCAACCAGCUGACGUGUGUGUGCAGCCAAGGCUACAAAGGUGCCAGGUGUGACCAGUGUGCGCCCGGGUACUUCGGGAACCCCCUGGUGCCCGGCGGCCGCUGCACUGCCUGCCAGUGCAACAACAACAUCGACAUGCAUGACCCGGGGUCCUGUGACGCUCGCACGGGCGCCUGCCUCAAGUGCCUGUACCACACACAGGGCUACGGCUGCCAGCACUGCAAGCUGGGUUACUAUGGCAACGCUGCCACACAGAGCUGCAGGAAGUGCAUGUGUUACCCUGUGGGCACCGUGCACGAGGCCUGUUCGAACCCUGACGAAUGCCAGUGCGACCAGCGCAGCGGUCAGUGUCCCUGCCAGCCCAACGUGGUUGGUCAGAACUGCGACCGCUGCGCCGCCGACACGUGGAACAUCGCCAGCGGGACGGGCUGCCAGCGCUGCGACUGCGACCCGGUUCACUCCGUGAGAUCGUCCUGCAACGAGAUCUCAGGACAGUGCGUUUGCAAACCUGGCUUUGGAGGCAGGACGUGUCGGGAGUGCAGUGAGCUCUUCUGGGGGGAUCCAGAGGUCAAAUGUCACGCUUGUGACUGCGACCCUCGGGGGAUCUCCAGCCAGCAGUGUCACCGUGCCACAGGUCAGUGCGCCUGUCUGGACGGAUUUUCAGGCCCCAAGUGUGACCAGUGUGCCCGGGGCUACUACGGAAAGUUCCCCCACUGCCAGCGCUGCCACGAGUGCUUCGCCGUGUGGGACGUCGUGGUCGGCGAGCUCACCAACCAGACCCACCGCCUGCAGGCCCACGUCUCUGAGCUGCAGACCAACGGGGUGACGGCGCCGUACCGGGAGCUGGUCGGCAGCCUGGAGAAAAAUGCCAGAGCUGUUCAGGAGAUCAUGGAGAACAACACUGCAGCAGUGAGGCUGGAGAAGAUCCAGGAGCUGAUGCAGCAGAUCACCGGCGUCAUGUCCUAUCUCAACGGGAAGCUGAACACGACCGAGCAGACGUUGGAUCAAAUUGGCGGCGACGCCAACGCGACGGAGACCAACCUGGACUCGCUGAGGGACGAGGCCGAGCGGCUGGAGCGGGACGUUCAGGAGAUGAUCCAGCAGGUCCGCGACAUCAAGAACGCCAACAUCCAUGGUGCGAUGGGAACCAUCUCUGAGGCACACUCGCAGUCCAUGGCCGCAGAGCGGCGCUGCCAAGCCGCCACCAGCGAUCCCGGAAACACGCUGGAGCGCUCGGCCGCAGUACGGAAAGCCGCCGAGGACAAAAUGAGCAGUUCUCAGAAGGAGUUCGACCGGAAGAACCAGAGACACACGCAGAAGCUGGACAAGCUGUCCAAAGAGAUGGCCAAGCUGGAUCUGACUCCUCUCAGCGUCAAGCUGUGUGGUGGAGAAGCUGAAGGCAACUCCUGCCCCGACUGUGGCGGGUUGGGCUGCCUUGACAGCGACGGAGCUCCUCUCUGCGGAGGAGAAGACUGCGGGAGAAUCGUCACGACCUCCAAAACGGCGCUGAAGUCAGCCGGCGACCUGGAGCGCGAGAUCCUGGCAGCCAUGCAGGAAGUGGACAAACUCUCCAGGAUGGUGUGGGAGGCCAACAACCGCGCCAACGAGGCCAAGGCCAACGCUCAGGAAGUCCUGGUCAAGUCCAACCGCAGCCGGGAGCGAGUGGAGCAAAGCAACGAGCAACUGCGCAACCUCAUCAAGGAGAUCCGAGACCUGCUCACCAACGAGAAGGCAGACGCGUCGGUGAUCGAGGCGGUGGCCAACGAGGUCCUGGCCCUGGAGAUGCCGACCUCCACCGAGAAGCUGCAGGAGCUGACCAGGGAGAUCAAGGAGAAGGUGGGCGCUCUGACCAGCGUGGAGUCCAUCCUCAGCCAGAGCGCCGAGGACAUCAAGAAGGCCGAGGAGCUGCUGAAGCAGGCCAAGGCCGCCAGCGAGGAGGCGUCCAACGUGAAGAAGACGGCCGACGUGGUGAAGGCGGCUCUGGAGGAGGCCGAGCGAGCUCAGAGCGUCGCCAUGGACGCCAUCCAGCUGGCUCAGAACAACACCAAGGGCACCCUGGACCUGCUGCUCUCUGUGGAGUCGGAGACGGCCUUGUCGGAGCUGAAGCUGGGGAACACCACGGGCCGCCUGGUGCAGCUGGAGCGGGAGGUGGGCCUGCUGAGACAGAACAACCUGGAGGUGAACCGGCUGGUGGACACGGCCGAGCUGAUGACGGACCGGGCUAAGGUGGACGCUGAGGAGGCGCAGCAGGAGUUCGACGACUUGGUGAAGGAUCGCUUCGAGGCAAUGGAGGAACAGGUGGAGGACCGAGGCGAGGGGGUGCUGCAGGCGAGGCAGCGGGCGGACCAGCUGCAGCAGGAAGCCCGAGAGCUGCUGGCUCAGAGCAGCAGCAAACUGCAGCGACUCGGAGAGUUGGAGAGCUCCUACGAGGCCAACCAGGCCAUCCUGGAGGCCAAAGCGGCCGAGCUGGCCGAGCUGGAGCAGGUGGUGCGCCGCGUGCUGGACGAGAUCAGCUACAAAGUCACGCUGUACAGCACUUGUGUGUGACGGCAGACUGGAGCUUGGAGCACGAGAUCUCCACGUUCAACGCCAUUCCUGUCACCGGAAUCAGAUCCCAGACACCACCGGGGUGUUGAACUCCGGAGGCGAAACCCUCGAAGCCAACGUGACCUCCAAACCAAGAACAACUAUUUAGCUCCAGAUCACCAUGAUCUGCAUUUCACGCUAAACCAGACACAAAAAUAUACAGAAAUCUUUUUCUUUGCUGUCACAAUACUUCAUGGUGAUAAUUGGGAUCCCUUUUUUCAGUUUCUGGAAAACAAACUUUUCAAUGAUUUUACAUUUAUUUCCAAAAAUCUUUGUGAAAAUAAAAGAAAAUAAAUCCACCUUUUACUUCUCUUUGUGUUGAGUGUAUCUGACCUAACGUCAAUUAUUACAGUUUUAACUAAUAAGCCCAAAGAUUUAAUCUUUUAAUGGUGCUACCACUAACAAGUAUAGAUUAUUGUUUCAAUGUUGGAUUAUCUUGUCUUGUUGUUUACUGUAAACAUUUGGUUUUAAGGAUUAAUUUCUGUUCCUGUUUGGAUAAACAGACUAUCAUGUCAAAUCAGUUAAUUAUGUUCAAACAAAAAUAAAAAAACUGUGUCCCACAUUA